AUGGCGAAUCCCUAUGGACAGCAACCAUAUGGACAGGCCCCUUAUGGUGGUCCACCCCCUGGACAACCAGGAUAUGGAGCCCCACCACCUGCUCAAUAUGUUCCACCUCAACCUGGUUCAUAUGGUGCCCCGGGAAUGCCCCCAGGAAUGCCGGGACAACCUGGAAUGCCUGGACAGAUGCCAUAUGGAGGGGCUCCAAUGGGAGGGCCUCCUCCAGGUGUAGAUCCACAGGUAUACCAGUGGUUUCAAUCUGUGGACAGCGACAGGAGUGGGCAGAUCACAGCCAUAGAACUUCAACAGGCCCUGGUCAAUGCAAACUGGUCUCACUUUAACGCAGAGACCACCAGACUCAUGAUAGGAAUGUUUGAUCGAGAUUUCACAGGAACUAUCAAUUUGCAUGAGUUUGCUGCCCUUUGGAAUUAUAUUCAGCAAUGGAGGGGUGUGUUUGAGCAGACAGAUAUCAACAGGACAGGCUCUAUUGAUGCUAAUGAGUUGACAGGAGCUUUCCAGAGAAUGGGUUAUAACGUGUCACCACAAUUUGCUACACUGGUCGUAUGUAAGUUUGACUCAAUGGGCAGACGACAACUGACUCUGGAUAAUUUCAUUCAAGCAUGUGUGAUGUUGAAAGCGCUGACAGACAAUUUCAAGUCACGAGACACACAAGGACACGGCAGCAUACGUUUAAGUUAUGAAGAUUUCAUGUGUUUGGCUGUAGCCAACAAGCCUUAAACCACAGAUCUUUUUUGUAAUAAAAUUUGUCCUAGAAUUUUUUUAUUAUAAUCUUAGUUGUCAAGGAAAUUUUGUAUUUCAUUUUUGAAGAACUUCUGGAAUUUUCUUUAGCUUGUACAAGGUUGAAAAUAAAAGUCAUAUACAACAGAUAUGUAUACCGUAAAUUGUAGGAGAAAAGUGUAAAUUUUAAAGCGACAUCACGGUAAAGGUAUUUUGUUAUUGAUUGUACCCGUUUCAUACACUUACAGUUAUGUUUCUAUGCUAUCCUGAUACUCAUAGUGAUUUCCAAUGUCCAGCUUGACCACUUCUUUGGUUGGGAAAGCACUCAAAAAUUUAGCUCUGAUAAUAUCAUGUGAUAGUUUUAAAAACUAAGCGAUUCAUGUUGUAAACACAAACUCGUGAAGGCAGAAAUGACAGUGACAACUCUAAGUCAAUUCAUAAUUAUAAAUUAAGUGGCAUUCAUCACCAGCAUUGUCAUGACCAAUUCAGACGGUUGCCUUUUUUAUACAGGCGAUAGCUUUUGUGCACAUGCGUUAUUAUAUAUGACGUAAACAAUUAUAUAUGAAGACUGUUGAUCAUAAGGUAAGGUAUUCCUGUUUUAAUUAGCCUUUUUAUGUGCAUAUUCCAGUGUAAAACAAAAUAUUGUUGUGGUACACAUGAUAUACAUAUAUACAAUGAUAACUAAUUAGUAAAAACUUUUUUACUGUGAUGUUCACUUUGGUGAACUCUUAUAUAUUUUUGUUAAGGUUAAGGUUGUAUGCUACCUUACACAUCACACUGGUCAUUUGUGUUAGGGUUAAGGUUGUAUGCUACCUUACACAUUACACUGGUCAUUUGUGUUAGGGUUAAGGGUGUAUGCUACCUUACACAUUACACUGGUCAUUUGUGUUAGGGUUAAGGGUGUAUGCUACCUUACACAUUAUACUGGUCAUUUGUGUUAGGGUUAAGGUUGUAUGCUACCUUACACAUCACACUGGUCAUUUGUGUUAGGGUUAAGGUUGUAUGCUACCUUACACAUUACACUGGUCAUUUGUGUUAGGGUUAAGGUUGUAUGCUACCUUACACAUCACACUGGUCAUUUGUGUUAGGGUUAAGGGUGUAUGCUACCUUACACAUUACACUUGUCAUUUGUGUUAGGGUUUAGGUUGUAUGCUUCCUUACACAUUACACUGGUGUUAGGGUUAAGGAUGCAUGCUUCCUUGCACGUUCCUUACACAUUACACUGGUCAUUUGUGUAAGGGAUAAGGUUGUAUGCUUCCUUACACAGUACACUUGUCAUUUGUGUUCUGGUUAAGGGUGUAUCGUACCUUACGCAUUACCCUAGUUUGUCACUUGUGUUAGGGAUAAGAAUGUAUGCUAGUUCACACAUUACACUGGUCAUUUUUGUUAGGCUUUCAGUUGUAUGCUAACUCACUCAAGAAACUGAUUAUCUAUGUAAGAAAGAAGAUAUAUGUUGCUUUACACAUUACUUUAUGUGCAUGAAAGAAACCAUCAACAUCAUGUGAUACUACUUGUUGAUGUCAGCAACAUAAUGUACCACAUCUAUCCAAAAUGGCAGACACUAGAGUACAGAGGGGAUACUUACAAAUAAAGUCCAUCCCUUUGUUUCAAUGUGAUGUCAUCAAAUGGGGUUUGUAUAUAAUUUAUGUUUGGGUUAAGGAUAUAUGCUACCUUACACAAUAUUAAGUCUUAUGAUCUGUUUGAGUGAAGGUUAUAUGCUACCACACAAAUUAUUACAUCUUGUGGUUUAUAUUUGAGUUAAGGAUUUAUGCUACCUUAUACAUUAUACCUGUAAUUUGUAAAAGGUAUUUUGAAAGAUAAAUGAUUUAUGCUACCUUAUACAUUAUACCUGUAAUUUGUGAAAGGUAUUUUGAAAGAUAUGUUUCUUGACCUGGAGUACUGCUAUUUGAAUGACACUAUGCACACAUCUGAUCCAACACAUAAGAAGUUGAAACUUAUUUCCCUAGAUCUUAGGAGAGUUGUAUUGCCUGUAUGCAAAAACAAAGUGUAUGUGAAAUAUUUUUCUGUUUGGAUAGGUUUUAAAAGUCCCUCCAUAUCGGGUGACAUCCUUGAUUACCAUUAUUAAUGUUUUCCUGUCACUGUAUCCUUAACUUUCAUAUCACUUAUAUAUGUGUACCUAAAGUUAUAUUUUCAGAUUCACUAAUUGGCAGUUUAAGUUUUUAUAAUUAAACCAUUCAUAUGGUGAUAUUUGGUAACGUUCACCUCCCUGAAAGAUCUAAUUAUUACAAAUUAGGAUUACUGAAUAAAAAGUUCAUUGUUCUAAGAGGGAGAAUUUAUUGAUGUGGAAAAUGAAGGUGUGUCCCCAAAAACACAUCCAUUUUAAUGUUCUGAAGAAAUGCUAAAUUAUCAGUAAUUUUAUUAAACUUUAUUUGGAGCUUUAGCCUUUGUUAUUUAUGUGGAAAUAUACAAUAUAUCAUUGGUUUGUAUUGACAGAAAUGUUUUUUCAGCUCACCAUUUGAGGAUGGUUGUCUGAUCAAAGCACUCACCAUCUGUGGUCCAUCAUCCGUCCUUUAACAAUUCUUGUUAUCUCGAGAAAUACUGGGUAGAUCUUUCUCUUUUGUCAUAUGUACAUGUCAGUUCCCCUUAGUCCCUAGUUUUACUCUGGUGACUGAUUAGAAAAACAAAAAGGAUGACAGGUGGCUGUCUUGGAUUUUGACCAAGAAAGUAAGUCUUUAGUCAUUUUAAAGUGGAUGUUUUAUGAUAUUGAAAGGAUACACAUUAAUCUAUCUGGAGCUUAAACCAUAGUAAGUAUGUCUCUCCUGUACAUGUAGAUUAUGUGAACCUGUGAUUUGGUCUUUCCUCAAUCACAUUCUGCCUGAUAAUCAGUCUGUGUAUACUUUAAAUGUAAAUAAAAACGAAAUGUCAAUAAAGAUUCUAAUUUAAACAA